AUGGGCGAGGUUAUUCAAAGCAAGCAAAUGACAGCAUCAUUAGUGCCCAGCAGUAGAGUGCAACUAGCGUACCAGCUGAGCCCAAUGUUGGAAAUAGUCGAAAACAAGAGUGGAAAGAGAGAAGGGGUUUGCGCAUUUACCGCCGGUGUGUUGGCACGGCUGAUGACUGGUAGGCUGGUUUCUAGAACACCGUAUAUGGUUCGUCUUUCUGUGUUGCCACAAAUCCAGGGCCGCAGCCCUCGCACCAGGCUGUCUGAGCUAAAGGCUUAUCUGGAUAGUUUUGGAGCUGCUGUUGUCAACUGCCCCCACGAGGGAGCAAUACAUUCAGUUCAGCCAUAUAUUAAUCUGUUAUCCGAAUUUGCUCCCUGCGAUCAACGCGGGUGGAAACAGCUGAUGUGCUUGAAACUUUAUGCUAUUGCCGCUGCUCUCAGCACGCUGUCUAUUUCUGUGUAUAACUAAUCCUAAUUCCUCUAUCCACGCCAUAGUGCGUAUGCAAGGGUAUAGCGGCUGCACGAUAUAGCUUAGCACACGUCAGUAUAGUUGUAGGUCUUGGGAGCUUCUUUACCGUCACUAGCUUUGUAUCACCCGAAAUCUACCAGUAUCCUAACGCUGUCAUCCCUCAACAAUAAAUCCGAAGGAUGCAUAUGACAAACAGCUUCGCUGGCAUAUGGCUAAUAUUUCCGUACCGGCCCAACAACGACGGUGUCGGCUCAUUCAUGAAAGUUGC